CAUCUACCAUUUUUAGAAAAUAUAUUUCUAUAAUUGUGUCUUCCUGUUUUCUUCCUAUAAAUAGCAAACAGGAUUUCCCUAUUCCAACCCACCUAUAGAGAUUCAGAUUAAAAUUAUACCAAUGAGAUACACUAUAGCUAGCUUCCUCCUCCUUUCACUGAUAGCUUGCAGUGUCAAUGCAAGAAAAGAUGGAGGGGAAUACUGGCAAGGUGUUGUGAAGGAUCAGAAAGUGGAAGGAAAUGGCUGCCACACAGUGGGUGAGACAUCAAUCUUCCAUGUCAAACCUAAGUAUGAGGAAUCUUUUGCAAAUGACUUUAAGAGAAGGGUUCAUACUACAACUCAUGUUAACCAUUUAGGUUUUGUGAGAGAGUUUGAGCCUAGACCUAGUGCUACAUCUUAUGUUGAUAAUCUCAAGCCUCAAGAUGAAAAAUCUUUUGUGAGAGAUUUUGAACCUAGGCCUAGUGUUACAUCUUACGUUGGCAACGUAAAGCCUAGAAAUGAGGAAUCUUCUGUAAAGGACUUUGAGCCUAGGCCUAACAUUUCAGCAUAUACUGAUGAUGUUAGUUCCAAAAAGGAGAAAUCUCAAACUAAUGACUUUGAGCCUAGGCCAAAUAUUUCAGCAUAUACUGAUGAUGUUAGUUCCAAGAAGGAGAAAUCUCAAACUAAUGACUUUGAGCCUAGGCCUAACGUUUCAGCAUAUACUGAUGAUGUUAGUUCCAAGAAGGAGAAGUCUAAUGUUGGAGACUUUAAGCCAAGACCUAAUAUUUCGGCAUACGCCGACGAUGCAAGUUCCAAGAAAGAGACAUCUAAUGGUGGAGACUUUGAGCCAAGACCUAAUAUUUCAGCUUAUACUGAUGAUGUGAGUUCUAAGAAGGAGAAAUCUUAUGGUGGAGACUUUGAACCAAGACCUAAUAUUUCAGCAUAUACUGAUGAUGUCAGUUCCAAGAAGAAGACUUAUGGUGGAGAAUUUGAGCCAAGACCUAAUAUUUCAGCAUACAGUGAUGAGUGAUAGUGAAUCUUCAGUAUGAAGUUUAUGUUGUAUUGUGCUCUUAUGCCACCUAUCCAUGUAGUUAUAAUGUAUAAUGGUGCAUAAAGACUAUGAUUUUCAAAUUAAGUUUAGUCAUGUUUGUCACGGAAUGUUGUUCUAGUAAAAAGCUCUUGGGUAUGUUUGUAUUCA